CGAUGCCCUUCCCGAUCACGGACUGCAGACCGCGGGCCACGUCCAAGCACCGGGCGCGCGGGCGAGCCCCGGCGAAGCACUCGGGCACCUCCGGCAGCGCCUCGUCGACCUGGCCCUGGCAGGCCCGAAGCAAUGCGGAGCCCAUCACGACUGUGUGUUUGCAUACUCCUCCUGUAGAGGGGCAUGCCCGAGAAGAGGAGGAGGAGGAUGGAGGAGGAGGAGGAGGAGGAGGAGGAGGAGGGGAUGGGAGCGGCGCGGGCAUGUUCACCAAGGGUGCUGGGGCUCUCGCCAGACCGAGUGUCGCACAGCGCUGCUGCCCAUGUGGCUGAGCGCACCCGCGUCCCCUUCCCAUUCCGCUGCCGAAGACGAGACCAGCA